AUGCCCAGCGUACAGGGCUUCAGCACAUCGCGAGCCCGGUCGUACAUCUUCCGGCUGCCGUUGUUCACGCGCGUCGUCGUCGCUAUAAUAUGCGCAUUAUGGCUUGUCGGUGUGCAGUCAGUAUGGGAUAUUCGUGAAUUUGGGGCGUUGGUGCCUUCCAAGAUCAAUUUUGCGACAGCACACCGAUUAUCGACAUUCCCACUACUACACCUGAAUAUAUUCCACGCGCUCGUCAAUGUGGUUGCUCUGACGCCGCUCAUGGAGCGAUUCGAAAGCGAAUAUGGGACCCUGACCACCUUGGCGUUGUUCUUUGGCCCGCUCACCACCGUCCCAGCUCUGGCAUACAUGCUGAUCGAGCGAUUCGUACUCCACGCGGAUACGGCUGUGAUGGGCGCCAGCAUGUGGGUGUUCCUGCUCCUCGGAAUGGAGGCCAUUCGAACGUUCAAAUCAAAUCCGUAUCUCGUCAUUGGGACACACCACAUUCCCACAUGGACCACGCCCCUCAUGUUGAUAUUCGCCGUGGCCGUACUGAUGCCCGGCACGAGUCUCUUGGGUCAUCUGUGCGGCGUGGCCAUGGGGUACAUUGCUGGUCUGGGCAUCAUCAAGUAUCUCGCACCACCCGAGUGGGCUCUGCGCUGGGUAGAGACUCGCCUCAACCUUCUUUCGAUCCUACCGCACUACGUCAGUGUCGAUCAAAAAACAUACGGGCGGUUCGGCGUCUUGCCCACAAACAAUAGAGCGGGUGGGAGUGCGGCGACGGAGCUCGUCGGCAGCACGCAGCGCCUCGGGCCAUAG